AUGGCAUGGUUACUCUAUGCUUGUGCCGUGUCUAGGCCAACAAUUGAGCCCAUGGUUCUUAUCGUUGCCCCGCUGCUUGCCAUAGUUCUUUCAUUGAUCAAGCUUGUGGUAAGCCACUAUGGCAAUGCGGGUGGAGAUGCCGCCAAUGCAGAGAAGCUCAAGGCAUCCCUGCGGAUCUUCUGCUCUCUUGUUCUGGCGCAGAAUGCUCUCUUCUACUUGUGGAAGUGGCUUAUCCAUACUUGGCCAGAUCGUGCGUCAGUUGUGAGAAAGCAAUGUGGAUUUGACAACUGGGGUAAAAUUUGGGUUUUCAGAUACGUUCUAGAAACCAGAAAGAUGUGCAGCACACAAGGACGAGUGACCUCGGGCUGGAACUUGAUCACCUUUGCCGUCGGUCUGCUCGGCUCCGAAUCUCGGGAUGAUCGCCGUAACGCGGUUCGUCUGUUGGACACCUUCGUCGGGAACAAAAUACUGGUGGCACCCACGCUGCUGCCUUGCAAGGCCCCCCUUGAGAACCUUAUGGAAAGGCUCAAGGUGGGCGGCAGCGAGAUCAGGGAGCGUGCAGCUAGGGUUGUUGCGGCUCUUGCCGGCGAUCUCCGCCACAUUGACCAGUUCCCCUCAGCAGUGGAUCACAUAGCUUCACUGUUUCAACAAGCCUCUAAUAAGCAGUUGCCCACAACUGCAGGGACGACGACGAAAAGCAUGCAGGAGCAGGAGGACGAGCAGGCAGGAAGGAACCUUUAUUGUGGGCUCGUAUACGGGGGCAUCCUAUCUUUGCUCAACAUUUACAUCUAUAAAACCUUUGAGAAUGAGGAGGAAACUGACCUCGAGAGGCUCAUCCAGCACCAAGGAAACUGUGUGCACAUAUGCAACAACCAUGUCCUGCUCUCAAAGAUCACAGCGCCACUGAACUCAUCCAAUGCCUUCCUUGACAACGCAGCAGAGGAGUAUGACACCAGGCUGAUCCGUGCUCCUGGUGAAGCCAACAGAAGCCUGCGCAACGAGACCGCAAGCAAUACACAGACCGUCGCUAACCUGACAAGGAUUCUAGAGGGUGACAAGUUUGGCCCAGUGCUAAAGGCACCAGCCAUCCUGAUCCUUGCAGAAUUGGCGUCUUCAGACAACAAGAUUCUGACGAGUUUGGGCAAAGGUGACAAACACAAGUUCAUGUCCCGAUUGUGGGGCAUCUUCUUUGCAGCUCCACAAAAGGAUGGCAUUUGUACUGGUGACAACAACAAUAGGACUGCCAUUGAAGAAGAAGAAGAAGAGACACAGCAAGAGCAGGCUACCAGAUUGAGACACGAAGCAGGGGAGGCACUGGUACAGAUGCUCCCUGUGCUGGACGCAGGAAGUUCCUCAGAUAUCCUGCAGAUGCUCAUCCCAAGUGGUUCUGAGGGUCACGUUAUUGGCCAACUUACCUGCAUGCUCAUUACAGGCAAUAGUAAGGGCUGUGGGCGGCAGAAAUCCUCAAGUGCUUAUGUUCACAUUUGA